AUGAAGUACCUCUGCCAAAGCCCAGCGACAAAAUCAUAUCUCAAAGACUGGGCUGGAGAAAAGACACUGAUUUCGGCAAACUUCUUCUGGAAGCUUGGGUCCACAACUCAAAAGUCUUUAGACGGACUCCUUCGAGCGCUUUCAUACUCUAUCCUGGAGCAAGCCCCCGCCCUGCUCGAGACCGUAUUCCCGAAGCAGUGGAGAAAUGCUACGCAAGGAAGAGCGUUCAGGAUUCAUAGUUCUGAUAUUGAGUUGGCCUUUACUAGUCUCCUGCGACAAACAUAUUUAUUUUCUUCGCACAAGGUUGCAAUCUUUAUCGACGGCCUGGACGAGUUUGACGGAGACCACGACAAGAUGAUAAAACUAUUUCGCAGUUGGACUGAGAUAGUCCCAGAAGAUGUAAAGUUGUGCGUUUCAAGCCGAGAAUGGGAAGUUUUCCGACAGAGGCUGAUAAACUGCCCUGGAAUCCGUCUCCGGGACAUCACGAGCCGAGACACCGAAGCAUACAUCAACAGCGAAUUAUCCAACAAUGAAGAAUUCAGAUCCUAUUCUUCGAAAGAACCGCGAGUGGCCCGUCUCAUCAACCAGAUCAAGUUCAAAGCCGAAGGGGUGUUCCUUUGGGUAAAGAUCACCUUGAGGGGUCUUAAAUGGGGCCUUCUUUCUGGAGAACAUCUAGGAGACCUUGAAGCAAGACUGAAAGCUUUGCCUGUGGGCCUUGAAGAACUCUUCAACUCAAUUUUCCUCUCGAUUAGAAGUGGAAUCCACAUCAAUAAAAUGGAUAGAAUGAGGGCCAUGCGAAUGAUUUUACUUGCAACGAAGGGUCUCGGGAUGCAAAUAUUACCUGCCCUCCCGCUCACAGAACUUUGGUUCCCAAACAGUUAUGACAAAGACCCCAACUUUGUUACCAAGCUUCCGAUAGCAGCCGGCGCCAGCGAGACUUGGAUCUCUAGACAAGAGAGAACAAGACGGUCGGUAUACCAAUGCUGCAUGGGACUUCUUGAGGUGAACGCUUCUAGACAUGAUGUCCGACCGCGAUUGAUGAGGGGUGUAUGUUCACUAGACUAUCUUUAUGGGGUCAGAGAAAUACUAUCAUCCAAAGAGAAAGAGUACAAGAUAAGCGAGAAUCUCGUCAACGAAAUCGAGGGCAGCCGGCAGAAUGGCACUGCACGAAUCCACCGGGAACGGAAUCAUGAAAUCAUCGAUGAUGGGGACGAUAUAUUCCUGCACAACCAUGCGUGGUACCUCGACGAGAAGAGAAUCAGUCAUUGA